AUGACUUAUCCUCUAUUCCUCCUCGUGGUUUCUCCAGAUAAUGCUAUUCUAGACGAGGAGCAAGUCACUAAAUUAUAUGUCAAUGAUUGUUACCCGUCAUUGAAAAGUGCUAGAGCUACCAUUCAAUCAGCAUACACCGAAGAUACCGAUAUGAUUGUCUACGAGGAUAUAGCUUAUCCAGCUACCUUUAUCGCCGACAAGUACCUGUUCACUUAUAAUGUCUCCUACCGCAAGGAUGACAUAAAUGCUUCAUGCUCAGAGUGUUGGCUAGGAGUAUUGGAAACUCAACUCAACAGCCCCUUAGGCUAUAACGAGGGAAUGGAAGAGACCUUUAGCUCUUUAACAUCAAGCUGUAGUGCUUUAGGCUAUUCCGUCACUUCUCCAACCGCCUAUACCCUUAAUACAACGGCAACGGCAACGGCAACGGAAACUUCGGCUACUACCAUAAGCACCACCACAUCAACUUGCCUAAGCUCGUAUCAGGUGCAGCAGUCAGACGAUUAUAACUCCGUGAUAAAGUCAUUAGGCGUCUCUACCUACUCAUUAUUGCAUACCAACAAUCUGGACCUAUACUACCAAGGUUUCGCUAAUAUGGUGAACCAGACUCUCUGCUCCACUUCAAAUGCGACUACUACAGAUGCCACUAGCGCCGCGCUAGUUCCAACUAAUGCCCUAGAUAGUAGUAACCACAACUAUAGUCUGUGGUACACGGUGAGUGAUCGUCUAAGAAGGAGAUACCUACGCCCAGGCGAGGCUUACUAUAUCAAACCUGUUGGUUCAAUUACCAGCUACGCCAACUACACCCUCACUAGGUUCUUGCCUAUCAUAGUCACCCCCGCCACCUUCUCUUCCGUGAAUACCGACAUCCCCACCACUACUAGCUAUCCUGGUUUUGUGUAUACUAAGCCCACACAACUCCCCACUACUCCAGACACCCUUUCGGGCUGCUAUAAAUACGCAAAUCCCUCUAACAUUACCAAUCUCUACCGGGACCUCGCAACGGACUAUAAAAUCUCCAUAGACCAAUUGGUGGAGUGGAACCCAAGCCUCUCAAACAACGAGUCGACCUAUACCCUCACAAUAACGUAUAGCUACUACGUUCUAGAGUACGCGAACAGCACGGCGACGGAGCCUACCGUAACCAAUUGUCUUUCCAUCAACGCCACGGAGAGCGGUACUACCUCUAACUGCAACUAUUUCACUUCCGUUGAUCUCUAUAACUCCCCAGAUGACUACGACACUUCCCUCUAUUCCGGCCUCAAUGUCACCGAUUCUCGCGCCGUCUGUAUCGGUGUUGGCUCCACGAAUGUGACCGCCACUUCGACCGCCACUACGACCAGCACCGGAACUUCCACCCAAACCACGGCAUCAAUAGGUCCCACUCAGACUAGAGUUGUUUCAGGAUGUCAGAAAUUCUAUACCGUGGUAGACGGUGAUAACUACUCGACGAUUGAGAGUGAGUUUGGCAUCAGCCUUACGGAGUUCUACCAGUGGAACCCAAGCAUUAGCAGCACUUACGGCUCUCUUUGGCUGGGCUAUACAUACUAUAUCAAGGGUCCAGCCUCGACUACCACAACCACGGGACCAAAUGCCCCGACACAAACAGGCAUCGUAUCCAAUUGCGAUAAAUAUUACACGGUGGUGGACGGGGAUUCAUACGCCCAGAUUGAGACAACAUAUAGGAUUAAAUUUGCACAGUUGUACCAGUGGAAUCCCGCGAUUAGAUCGGACUACCAGACCCUGGUAAUUGGGUAUUCGGUUUGUGUAGGAGUUUCUGCUAAGACUACUAAGCGGAAACGGACGGAAAAGCUCGAUCGAUUAAAGUCUCCGAGAGAGAAAGAAGGAAGAAGACAUCUACAUCUACACAACCGGGCUAUUUAG